AUGGCCCUGCCGGAGGGGUGCCCCAGUCUCUGCAAGUGGCUCCUGGGCGUCCUGCUUGCCAUGUGCCGGCUCGCGGCGCCGCUGGCCAAGAACCUGGAGCCGGUAUCCUGGAGUUCGGCCAACCCCAAAUUUAUGGCUGGUAAAGGGCUUGUCAUCUACCCGGAGAUCGGGGACAAACUGGACAUUAUCUGUCCCAAGGCGGAGCUUUCCAGACCUUAUGAAUACUACAAGCUGUACCUGGUGAAGCGGGAGCAGGCAGAGUCCUGCAGCACUGUCAUGGAUCCCAAUGUGCUGGUGACUUGCAACCGGCCAGAGAAGGAGAUCCGCUUCACCAUUAAGUUCCAGGAGUUCAGCCCCAACUACAUGGGCCUGGAGUUCCAGAGGCAGCAGGACUACUUCAUCACAUCCACUUCCAAUGGGACUCUGGAAGGCCUGGAGAAUAGAGAAGGUGGAGUCUGCCAGACACGCUCUAUGAAGAUUGUCAUGAAAGUGGGGCAGGAUCCAAAUGCUGUGAUCCCAGAGCAGCUGACAACCAGUCGGCCCAGCAAGGAAUCUGACAAUACAGUGAAAAUCGCCACACAGAGUCCACGCCACAAGGUCCCUGUGGUGGAGGAUCCUGGGAAGCCAGGCUCCGUUAACCAAGAUGGGCAGAACACCCAAGGUAGCAAUGAUGGAUUCUUCAGCUCUAAGGUGGCAGUAUUUGCUGCAAUUGGUGCUGGCUGUGUCAUCUUCAUCCUCAUCAUCAUCUUCCUUGUUGUCCUCCUGAUCAAGAUCCGCAAGCGGCACCGGAAGCACACCCAGCAGCGGGCAGCAGCCUUGUCACUUAGCACCUUGGCCAGUCCCAAGUGCAGCGGAAAUGCAGGUUCAGAACCCAGCGAUAUCAUCAUCCCCUUACGGACUACAGAAAAUAACUACUGCCCUCACUAUGAGAAGGUGAGCGGGGACUAUGGGCACCCCGUCUACAUUGUCCAGGAGAUGCCCCCUCAGAGCCCGGCCAACAUCUACUACAAGGUCUGA